AUGGAACUUCCUGACAACCUUCUAAUGGGAUACAGAAUGCAGUGGGCCUUGAACCAGCCACUGGCUCUGGUCAAUGGACGGAAAUUUGUACACGUUAAUGUCUACAAACUGGCCACUCAAAGCCGCACGUUCAAAACAUUUCUCAGGGAGGUAGACAAGGAGAGGAGAAAUCAAAAGACAAAAAUAUGCGCAAAAAAUCGGAAGUGUACCCUGGACCAUGUUCGUACUGUGGAACCCCUUGAUCCCUUACUUGUUCAAUGUACCAAGGCCUCCGAUGUUCACGAUCUCGCACUAGCAAUUCACUUCUGUCACAUCGGACACUGCAAGAUCAGCGCAAUAGCCGACAUUGACAGGCCAGAUGAGGUGCCGCCGAGAAAACGUCGAGAGAGUAAUCAAUGGCCAAGCGCUAACGAGUCAGGUCAACUUCUUCUGAGUACUUCACAAAUCCACCUGACCGCCCCCAUGGCAGAGUGCACACUCUCAAGCGGAUUGAGGAUAGCUAAAACCUACGGCAUCGAUGACUUGCAUAAGAUGUGCGUCGAGUACAUUAGUAAGUCGUUGUCGUUGGAAUCAUGUUGGGAGCUGUGGAGAGAGGUCUUUCCUAGGUCACGCCUUCAGGAGAGGAACGACCCGCAAGCCCUGUUUCAGAAGGCCAUUCCAAUUGACGAGAAGGCCGCACAACUGUUGGUCAAUUUCGUGCGAACGAACUUCGUCCAUAUUCUGCGAUCUGAAAAAGGGUCAGAUAGGAAUGGGGCACCCCUAGAGGGCCUUAUGAAUCUCUCAGCCUACGAGUUGGAAUUACUGCUGGAUUCGGAUAGGCUAAACGUACGCAACGAGUCCGAUGUUUUGUGGACUCUUCAAUUGUGGAUUGAAGGCAAGUCUAAGUACCCCCAACUAGAGGUCUUCCUGCAACAAUGCGUGCCGAGAUUGGUGUUCAAGUGUAUUCGCUCAAAGCAGUUGGCUAUGGUCGACGUAGACUUGUUGUUGAAGUUGCCGGGAAUGCGUCCGUCCCGACGCCAACAACAUGUGGACCGUACUUCGACCCCAGAAAAUUCUGUGGAUGGGUUAGCCAAAUCCAAGGAAGACAGUGCAGACAUGCACAGUGCCUGCUUGGAGAUGCUUCAUCAAGCGCGGCGAAAACUCUUUCGUACCCUUCGUAACCUUCGUCCGCUGGCAGAGAAUAAAGGACUGGGACAGCCGAGCGACGGCGACAACGUAGCCGAGAUCACUGGCGGAGGGAAGGAUGCUCCUGGUCUUAUAAACUCAAAAGCAACUGACGAAAUGACUAAACUAGCCAAGCAAAACAACGAACAGAGACUACCGCAUGAGGCGAUAUUUGUCUUCGGCGGAUGGGAGAACGGAAAGCUAUGUAGCAAAGUGCGUGUGCUGGAUGCGCGUAUGGGUACUUGGGUGGUUCACGAGACAGCAAGCAAGCCAUCAUGUGUUGACUCCGGCGAAGAAGCCUCAGGUAUUGUGCUUCCCCACCCUCUGAUGAGCUUUGGAAUUACUAGUGUGAACAACCGAAUCAUUUACAUCGCCGGCGGAGAGAAGAAGAGUGGUCAGGCCACACAAGAAGUUAUCCGCUAUGAUUUUCAGAGGUCAGGUUCGGGACACCACGGUUGGAAGGGCUGCCCACCGAUGCAUGAGAUCCGUCGCGACCUAAUUUUGGUGAAUUUUCAAGAAAAGGCUCUUUACAGCAUCGGUGGAGAUAACAACAGGACUGUACUUCAGACGGUGGAAAGACUAGCUCUGGAUAAGAAGACCAAUAGUUGGACAGAAGUGGCGAGUAUGUUAGUCCCACGCGGGGCACCGGCAGGAGACGUGCUGGGCGGACAGAUUUACGUUUGCGGAGGAUAUACCGAGAGUCGCAUGGAGGCUUUGACAAACAGCUGUGAGGCCUACAACCCUGAGACAAAUCAGUGGACUCUCAUUCAACCCAUGGCCCAACCACGCUACUACGCAAACGCCAUAGCUUAUAAAAACCAUCUUUUUGUAUUGGGAGGAGGCGGUGAGAACGCUUCUCGGCUGGGGAGUUCUGUGAUGGCUCUGGGUUACAGCAGCACGGUGGAGCGGUAUACGCCCGAGGAUGGCAUCUGGGAACUGAUGCCAGCCAUCUCAGAGAGGGCAGACUUUGCGGCCUGCAUGAUGGAGGGGAGCAUUGUGUGCAUUGGCGGUGGCGGUGAGGCCUUUUGUACUGCCGACACAGAACUCUGGACACCAUGGGUGGGUAAUGUGCGGCCAACAAACGCCAUCAGUCAGGACGCCAUGCCACCUACACCGAGUGUCCGAUCUGUCUGGGUCGACGAUUCAGACGAUGACGAGCUGUCGGCCGGCGAACUGCCAGGGACCUCUACAGAUCCCGGUCCCAACAGUAGUAAUAAUGCGAGUAUGGGUACUCCAGCCUGGAUGAAUACCCAGAACGAGGAGACCGACCUUGGUUGGCGACCGGGAGUGGCUCUACCUGCGCCUGUAUGGGGUCAUCGGUGCAUCUGUAUGCAGGGCGUCGACAUUAUACUACCAUACAUAAGGCGAAAGAACCUCAGGUGUGAGCCGCUGUUUGAAUACGUCGCGCCGGUCAGAUGGAAGAUAGAUCAUCAGGCGGAAAAGCCCAUACUAGUGGUAGACUACAGGGACCUUGAUAGUGGUGCGGCGUUACUCGAAGGAGCAGAAUUCAACAGGACAUUUGGCAACCUACCCCCACAACUAAUGCCUGAGGAUGAUGAAGAGGAAGAUCAGGGGGGACAGGGGGAGGAGGAACAAAUAACAGUGAAAGUGGACAAGGGACAGUCGAGCGAAUCGGUGGGAAUUCGGCAGACAACGAGUGAAGUGGAGGAAGCCGGUCAAAAUUCCUCGACGCACGACUACUAA